AUGGACAGCCCCGAGAUUGCUGUAAACGUCUUUAAAUGGCUGACUAUUGUUACGGCUCUGAUGGUACGAGUAUCACUACUUCCAGAUUUCCGACGCAUGCAUCAGAACCACAGUACUGGUGACAUGUCCGUGAUGCCAUGUCUCCUGCUUUUAACAAAUUGCUACGCUGUCAUGAUGUACGCUUUAGUCAUCAACAAUAUCUUCCCGCUUUUUGUGGUAUCGAUUUUGGGAUGCAUUACUGGACUUGUUUUUAAUAUUUUCUUUUAUCGAUGGUCGAUCGAAAAACGUUUCGUUCUGUGUGCGUUCAUUGGAUCAUUUGCUGUUUGUAUGAGCGUGACAGUUUAUUGCAUUCUCGCCUUAAACGGAUACACGGGCCAGUCUCGCGCGGCAGUAAGUACAACGCUGGGCUUCGUUACCAUUGGCACAACUAUCGGAAUGUAUGUAUCACCGCUGGCUACCAUCGCUAGGGUACUUCGGACCAAAACAGCAUCGUCAAUGCCAUUUACAAUGGGAGUCGUUAAUGUAGCCAACAGUGUUUGCUGGGGUGUCUAUGCCGCUUUAAUCGAUGAUAUGUUCAUUUUUGGACCAAAUGUCGUUGGGUUUGUACUGGGAUGCAUUCAAAUAGUACUGACGCUUCUCUAUGGAACAAAGAUCUCGAACUUACCCGAACGUGUAAAUGAUUCUUGUAAUUCUGGUGGUCUUUCUGAAACAGCAAAAUAG